AUGGUCUACUGCAAGCACUGCGGAGAGUGGCGCACCGAGGCGCCCAGUCAGGGGGCGGACGCUGCAUUGGAAGGCCCUACUGUUGACCCCAGCCUCACGGUCUCCGAGCUCGAGGACCUCGUGCGCCUGGCCGAGAAGGCAGGGGACCAGCGCGUGGCAGGACGCUACAAGCAGCAGCUGCAAGUUCAGAAGGCUGGUGAUCCCCCGCCACAGCAGCGUAUCAGUGCCAUCGGUGCCAAGGUCGCCGAGAUCGAGACGGUUUUGGAGAAGGAAGUCCAGAAGCUCGAGCAGUACCAGCAGUGGGUGGCCCAGCAGACGGACACGGUCGCAGAGCUCUCGGAGCGUUUAUCUCAGGCCGACGCCGAGUACAGGGCUGCAGUUGCCUCUCUGGUCGGUGACCGACCUGAUCGAGCUGCCUCUCCAGCACCACCUCGCAUCUCCAUCAAGGAGGUGGUCGACGGCACUGGCAGCAUCAUCGACCUCAUCGACGUCGACUCUGUUUUCGACGUGGAUGGCUACGAGUGCUCGGAUGAUGACCGCAAGAACAUCGCUGACCGUCGUGAUCUGCUGCGGUCCCAGCUGCAGGACGUUGCCAAGGGCCUCUUCUCUGGCGCACUCGAGAAGCUGGAGGCCAUCAAGGCCGAGCAGGCCGCCCACGUCGCCCGCCUCACGAAGAAGAAGCGCAAGGGUACAUCAGGUGAAGGUGCGGCUGCAGGCCCUGUGGCAGGCGCGAAGCAGGACUCGACCACAGCCAGCCAGGACCCCAAGGCGAAGGACAGGGACAAGUCGGUCGGGUUCGCGGACUCUGCACCGCCUUCUGCUCGGUCCGCGGGAACCCCAGCAGCCCCUUCUCCGACGCCAGCGGCUACCAGCAUUCGCGAGCGCGCUGCGGCCCAGAUCAAG